GCCAGAGCCCUGGCCGGAACGUCACAGAAGCCGCAUUAUCACAGGCGCCAGCGCCCCAUCACCUGCAGCGUGCCUCCACCCGGCUAGCCAAAGAGCGCACUGGAGGCAGAGGGGCAGCAGCCACCAGCCCGCUCCCCGCCUCUGGGACAGAGCCUACGUCAGCAUGGGGGUGACAGAUGUCAGUGCAUUCCCCUGCUGUGGCAAGAGUUCAGUGGACAUCGUGGAAAGAACGAAUGACUACUACCACACCCAUGGAAAAGCAGAGGAGGAAGAACCAGAGCUGGAAGCAGAAUUGCCAAAGCAGGACCCCCUACCCAAAGCGCACCCAGACCCAGACCUAGGCCCGGUACCACAGCUGGAGGAGAUGGAGCCAGUGGUAUCCUCUGCACCUACGUCUAAGGCCAAAGGAGACUGCGUCACUGAAAGCCUAGAGCAGCAGAACUACAGGCUCGAACCCCUCAAGUCCUAUGAGAAAGAUCGGAAAGAGUGGUCACCCACAAACAGGACCUGGACCCUUAGUACAAACUCAAGCAAAAGGGAGGAAGGGCAGGUGUCGGACAAGUUUCGUUCCAUCCGUGUGCAGACCUCCAAGCACCUUUUCUGGUCAAACAAGCUCAUCCAGGCCUCAGAGCACAGCCUACAGCGCGCCUUAGAAAAACACAAAAGCUCCUGGGAAAAGAAGUCUGUGACCAUACCCCAGGCCCUCACAGACAGCGCCCCCCGGCCAGCAAGCCCCCACAUGUCUUGCACCAGCCUGCCCGCAGCCAUGGGCCUGGCAGAUCUGAUCAAUUUUGCAUCUUCCCUGGCUGUGGCCUCCUCCAGCAACGUGGAGACACCCAACCUAGAGAAUAUGAUCAAAGUUACCUCUGAGAAGUCUCAGAAUACCUCUCUAGAGCUUUGCCAGCCUGUCCAGGCCAUCGAGUUUGCCCAGGCUACCCAGCUCACCCAGAUAUCCUCGGAGAAGCCAAAUAAAUCACCCAAAGACACAAGUCACAACUCUUGGACUCAGGAGACCAGGAAUGUCUCUUACCUAGAUAUUAGCAAGAAUGGGCUCAAGAAGGCUACCAUCCAAGGGGAAGUGAAGUUUGUCCAGGCAUCAAGCACAUCCCCUCCGUUUCAGGGAGCCAAAGAAGACUCCAUGCCAAGAACCAAGAAAGGGAAUCCAUUAUUGCUGAAAAUCCAUUUUAAGCUGUCAUCCCCACACCCUCAGAGAAAUAACUAG